UAACAAAGAAGAAUGUGUUUCAUUAAUGGAGGUGCUUCAUUGAGUCUCUGAGGACAUUGCUUACCAUAUAAAUAAAUGUCACUAGAUGCAGUCCAAUGUAGAGGGGUGAGAUCUACAACAGUGUUUUUAUAUAUUUAUAUUCGGUGUAGUUGGAAUAUCUUUAUAUACUGUAUGCUCAUGUGUUUGUAACGUAAGAUAUUUCUUUAGGAUACACUGUAGAUAAUUGAAAUAAAUACACGAAAAUAAUGUUAGGAAACAUAUCAGAAGCCAGCACAAGCUUUGUUCUCCUUGGUGUAGUGGAGAUGGAGAAGUUUAAGUUCCUAUAUUCUGCCAUAGCGCUGUUUGUUUAUAUCACAACCAUGUUCAUAUGUUAUUUAAUCAUACUUGUUGUCUGGACUGAGGAAAGCCUGCAUGAACCCAUGUACAUCUUCAUAUGUAAUUUGGUCUUCAAUGGUAUGUUUGGUAGCUCAACUUUCCUCCCCAAGCUAACCUUUGACUUACUUUCUGGGUCCACCACCAUUUCCUUUUCUGGUUGCCUUGUCCAGUCUUUUUUCCUUCAUAGCUUUGCUGCCAUCGAAGUAUUUACCUUUACCAUAAUGGCCCAUGACCGGUAUUUAGCUGUUGGCGAGCCACUGAGAUACCCAGCUUUGAUGACCAACACCCGGGCAAUGAAGUUUAUAAUCAUAAACUGGGUUUCUGCCUUCUUAGUAGUCUUCGUUCCCGUGACAAUGACAGCAUAUCUCCCAUUAUGCGGGAGACACCUCAAUAAUGUGUUCUGUGAAAAUAUGUCACUUAUAAAAUUAGCUUGCGGAGAUGCUUUGGUCAAUAAUAUCUUUGGAGCUGUUGAGGCAUUUUUGAUUGACAUCAGUUGCCUGCUAAUGAUCGUUUAUUGCUACAUAAGAACAUUUAUCAUCUGUUUGAAGAUUUCCAAAGAAGCUUGUCAGAAAGCCAUCAGCACUCUGGUUACCCACCUCGCCGCAUUCUCAACUUUUAUGAUCGCAAGUUUCUUUAUUUUAUUACGAUACCGGCUAAACAGUGGAUCCGUCUCCCUAGCCGCUCAUGUUUUGAUCACCGUCAUUGGACUGAUGACUCCAAUCACUGCGAACCCUGUCAUUUAUGGAAUAAGGACAGAAGCCCUGAAAAUCAAAAUUGUACGCAAGUUUCAAAAGAUGACACACCGGGACUUUUGA